AUGGCGGAAGAAGACAAGAUUCCGAUGAGCCCCGCCGAGACGGAGGAACCAGUCGAGUACCAGGGCAGCGAUGUCGAUGAAGACACUGCCAAAGAAGAAAACGCGGACGAAGCCGCCGAGGACGGAGGCAGCGAUGUCGAUGAAGACACUGCCAAGCAUGAAGACGCGGGAGAAGUCGCCGACGAAGAAGACGCCAACCAGGACGGCGAGGAAGUUUCCCCUAAGGACGACACCGCGCCGGCUGAACUCGUCUAUAACAGCCUGACCGGCCUUCCCCUCGGCCAAGUCAUCGCAAAGCCCUUCCGCCCCUAUGGCACGCCCCUGACCGUCGCCGCCAUCGUUCACAUCAAUGAUGCCAUGGCUCCGGGCUACAACGCGCGUCAUGUGCAGUCAGCCGCCCGAGAAAUCGGCCUUGGGGUCCGUACCGAUGUGUCAAUCAUUUUGGGUGAUUACCAAGUCCCUUCCAUCGACGUGCAGGGUCUGUUGGAACACGAACACGGCACGAUUCGCGUCUUCCGCCUGGGCAUCCCCAUAAACACGGAGAAUUUCGUGUACACCCACCAGAAGCCACCAGCGGCGCGGCGGAAACCUGGCCGCACCUUCCUACGGGAAGUGGCAAAAAUCGGAGGCGACUACGCAAAGAUCGGCACCCAGAUGGGAGAAUGGGCGCGACAAGUGAAGCAGGAGGACGUCGUCCGCAUCACGCUGUCUCGCGCGGGCCAGGGCGAGGACGUGUUCAUGUGGCCUGACCUUGACCAAGACCUUGCUCCGCACAACCCGUUCGCUGCCAUGAUACCUGCGCACAUCCGCGACUUGACUGGGGAUACGGUACAACUCCCUACAGCUGAAUCUCACGACGUGAUGCCUAAGCCUGUCCCAAUCACAAGCCUUUUCUUUGACCAAACCCAUCACUACGCAUCCCUGUUGGCCGGCGUUUGUGAUGAGAUGCGUCAUAACAAUUUACUGGCUUCCGUCGGUGCACAAGUGAACAGUUUCGCUAGGUUCUUUGAACUCCCCUCUCCUUGGACGGAGACCCAGGAAGAACAAAUGGCGAACUAUGGUCAGAUUCUCGCCGAUGGCGCAGCUACGGAGUUCUACAUGGUCGUCGAGAUCACUGACGAAAAUCGUGAGCUGCUUGGCUCGGUCGGCGAUUCAGUCGUGAUCACUACCUCCGGCAUCCAGGCACAAUCCCACCCGCAGCCAAACCCAACCGACGCUGUGCACAUCACCCGCGUCGUGGAAGAUCUCAUGACCCGUUACCAAGACGCGGAAAAUCACGCCCUGAGCGCCCUUUUCGGCGAAGAGGCGACCGCCCUUGCCGCGGCAAACCAGCAAGGCCAAGACGGCGGGCCCCAACAGGAGGUUUUCCAUGACGACGCGACGCGGGCUGACAUCAUCCUUGACGCCAUCUACAACAGCAUGCGCAAGACCAUAGCCUCCUUCGUGUCAAACGCUGCGGCAAGAGAAUGGGCGGCCGCCAAUCCAAGCGACGUCGCCAUGUCGGACUUCGCUCGCUACGUUUAUGAAGUCACGACGCAGUUGCGUCGCCGGUCUUGCGAAGACCAGGACUCCUACCGCGAACGUCUUCGCGCAUGGGUCACGGCUCACCCAGCGGUCGACGGCGAGAACCGGCACAGUGAGAGAGGUUUGUCGUUCCGUGGGAUCCGCGUCAUGCCGCCACCUGGAGUCACGCUUCAUCACGCCAUGUUCUUGGUUCGCCGCCCCCUUCAGCCUGACUACCCCAAAGCGUACAAGGCCCCAUACCUUAUGAUGUCCUUCCCCCUGACGGCCUACCCUGAAAACCUGUCAGACUUCUCCGGCGCGUGUUUCCCUACCCCGGGUGGAAGAACGCGCGACGCGGACGCGAACCAGGCUGAAGACACAAUGUCGGCAGGUUGUGUGGUCGUCCAAAUCUCCGUGCAAUUGGACUCUGCCACGCUCAAACACGAGCUGAAGGCCCUACACAUCAUGCACCAACUCCGAGCCGCAACAGAUGGCGGAAUUCUGAAUGGUCUGGCCGACCGUGAUGACGUGCCCACCUCCCUCCUUACCGUCUUGGCCGAAACGAAAGCGGGCAAAGUUGUCGUCAGCGGCUGCCCUGGCGCCGGCAAAAGCCGUUUGCUGCGCAUUAUCGCGGAACUCGCUCUUCGUGGCCCCUAUCGUCCCAAAGGUGAUUCCGCACUACAUGUCGCUCCUGCUGUCACUCAGCUCAACGAGCAGACGCGCGCGGAAGUCGACGCAGCGAUAGAUGGUUUCGACGCCAUGGAGCUGUGGGAUAGGGAAAAUAUGGAAAUCCAAGACACGGAGCAGGAGGCCCAGCCCGUGCAGGAAGACCAGCCCACCCAAGAUCAAGCCGCAGAGCAGGAAGCCCAGUCCGCACAGAUGAAUGAGGACCAAACCCCUAAGGCGCCCGAGAAGCGUCAAGGCUUCGUGCUGCUCGCAAAACCUAGCCCGGCCAUUUUAAGACCCCGUGGCGAGAAACGCGUCCAAAUCCUGUGGUCGGCUCCAGCCAACAAGAUCGCCGACGAUGCCGCACAACGCCUCAUCAAGGCCGGCAUUGUCGCGAUGCGUGCCUACACCUUCUCAUCGGAGCUCAUUCCCCUUGUGAAGCCGCCCCCAAAGAAGCGUCAGGAGUUGACUGCGAAUCCGGACAAGCCAAUGACGGAACGCUAUUUCACCAACCAUCGAAAUGAGCUGUUCAGACAGAACGCCGCGCAGUUGACUGCCGCCAACGACCCUAUUUCGCUGUCCAGCCAAGUCAUGGUGCGUGUGGACCCGGCAGACCGUCGCAUGGUCGUGUUAGCUCGGGCGCGUGAAUUAUACGAGACGGACCCUCAUAUGUACUCGUUAGGCAAGGAAAGUGCGACGACAGCCGCCAAAUCCCUGCUGGAGGAAGUGGCAAUGACCGCUCAAGUGCUUUGCUGCACACCGGUGGCUGCCCGCACGCUUGGCAAUAACACCCAAUACGUCCCCUCCCUCAUUUUCUCUGACGAGAGCGGACGCCUGACGGAGACCCAAUUCUUCGUCCUCACCUCCUGCUGGCCACACACAGCGACCUUCAUUGUCGGGGACCCCCAGCAAUCCAAUGCGGUGGUCCCAAGCAAGCACCAAGUCCUUCGCUUCCCCGCGACCGGCGAAGACGAGGCCGUGACCGUUUGGCAAGAUCGUUUCGGCGCCCAACGCGAGGUUAGCCUGCUACAGCGUGCCGAGGAAAACAACAAGGUUGACUUGUACCUACGCACCAACUAUCGCUCCAGUGGUGGCAUAAUCAAAUGGCCAUCUCGUCAGUUCUACCGCGGCGAAAUGACAGUCGCUCGGGCAAAUCAGAGACUGGCGAAACCACAGCUCGUCAUCAUGGAAUACCUCAAGCAAUACUCCCCAGACCUUCGCUUUUGUGGUCUCUUCAUUGACCUGCCGGACAUGUUCGAGACGCAGGUGGCCAAGUCCUACACCAGCUCGACCACCGCGCGCUUCUGCGUGGAGCUGGCCGUUGACCUUUGGCGCAAACUUCCCAUUCCCAGCCGACACGAUGACACACGCCGGUGCAAGAUCCUCAUCAUCACUGGUUACUCCGUACAGGCCGCUGAGAUGAAACACCCCGUGAGCAAGAUCGGACAACACUGCGUCCCAGAGGGCGCUUUGCAAGUUCGCACCGUGGAUGACUCUCCUAGUCAUGAAGCGGAAAUCGUCAUCGUGGAUUUCCCUCGCAAGUCGAAAGUCGGUUUCUUGGAUGAGCCCCGCCGUGUUAACGUGGCUUGCACUCGCGCCCACUAUUGCACCAUCUACGUCGGCAAUGUGGGCAACCUGGAGCGAAGCAAGUUGUUGGACAACCUCAUAUCUAUGCAUCGCCAGAGCGACGCCCUGAUCACACUACAGCAACGCCCGGAAUUCUGCGACCGCUGUUUUGGCACUGGUCACACGCGUCGUGGUUGUAAAGACGCCAUCGGGGAAAACACACUCAUCUGCCAUUGCUGCAGACGUGGCAAGCGCGAUCACAGCGGCCGAACGUGCAGACGCACAAACGUGACCGCGUCCUUCGACAUCAGCAAGCCCCUGUCGCCCCUCGACUCUACAACUCGCGACCUGCUCGCAGGCGCCAUGGUGUCCCGCGCCAAGACCUACAGACAGGAGGUCGCCGAUGGAAGAUUCGCCAUUGAUGACGACGGCGCGAACUGGCGUUCCACGUGCGGUCUGCCACAGCCCCGCGACGAUCCGAACGAUGACCCGAACAAUUGGGGUGAAGCUGCUGCUGAGCCCGCCGUUGAGACCGCCGCCAUCGCUGAUGCGCCCGCCGCUGACGCCGCUGUCGCGGACGGUUGGGACGCGCCCGCCGCUGACGCCGCUGUCGCGGACGGUUGGGAUGCCAAGCCGGUUGCUGACGCCACCGAUGGGGAUUGGGGUUUCAAGCCGACGACGGGGGAGUCGCCCAAUGACGAUGGAGGAUGGUAA